GUUGCUGACGAGACGCUGAUUUUUAUGGCCACUUUCCUCGUGGAUUAAGCCACACUCGUUGAAAAAUACCUAACUCUCAGUCUACAGAAACAUGUCUAAACUAAAGUCGUUUCGUGUAUUUUUAAAUGAGCGUUUAACGGUGGCUGCUGUGGAGAUUUUCGGGGCAGCUGAGAAAACGGUAGUGGAGUACCAGGAGGAGAAUGAUCGUCUACGGAGACUGCUGCGGAUCACACCGGAGAUAAAACUAUAUAGAAUAGACUUGCAGCUCUCUCUUUCUGUAUCUGAAGAGGGUGUUCCCUCUGAGCAGCAGCAUUGUGAGCAGGAGUGGAGCCCCAGUCAGGGGCAGCAGGAUCCAGAACCCACGCAGAUUAAAGAGGAACAGGAAGAACUCAGGACCAGUCAGGAGGAAGAGCAGCUUCAAGGGCUCUUUGAUACGAAAGAUUCCAUAUUCACUCCUCCUUAUGUGAAAAGUGAACUUGAUCAGGAGGACCCACUUCACAAAGCCAAACUAGCUGAAUACCCAACUCUCAGUCGACUGAAAAUGUCUAAACUAGAGUCGUUUCGUGUGUUUUUAAAUGAGCGUUUAAAGGCAUCUGCUGCUGUGGAGAUUUUCAGGGCAUUUGAGAAAAUGAUAGCGGAGUACCUGGAGGAGAAUGAUCGCCUACGGAGACUGCUGCGAAUCACACCGGAGAUAAAACUAUGUAGAAUAGACUCCCUGCAGCUCUCUCUUGCUGUUUCUGAAGAGGAGGUUCCCUCUGAGCAGCAGCGCUGUGAGCAGGAGUGGAUCCCCAGUCUGCAGCAGGAGGACCCAGGGCCCACACAGAUUAAAGAGGAACAGGAGGAACUGGGGACCAAUCAGGAGAAAGAGCAGCUCUUUGAUGCCGAAGACUCCAUAUUCCCUCCUCCCUGUGUGAAAAGUGAAUGUGAUGAGGAGGAUCCACUUCAGUGCUGGACUCUUCCCCAAACCCAGACUGUGGAGAAUAGAGAGAGUGACACUAAAUCAGUGGAUCUCACACCUUUUGUAACAGUGACUCACAUAAAGGAUUUCAAAAUUCCCUGUGACCCUCCAGAUUAUCAAAACAAUGGCUCCAGCCACAGCUCAGCCGAAAACUGCGACCCAGUAGGACUUGACAGCAGCCCACAAUUGCAUCCUAGCCCACUAUUAGAUCCAAACCUAUCAAUGGGGGAACAUUAUUCCAAACUUAGCAACAUGUCUAAAAAAAAACACCGCUGCCAUGACUGUGGUAAAAAGUUUGCUCUGAAACCUGACUUGCAGAAUCAUUUGACUCUCGCCAAGAAGAGACUCAGCGAAUGUCAGUUUUGCAAAAAACGCUACAACUCCACUUGUGAACUGAAGACCCAUGUCCGACUCUGUCAAGGUGGAAAACCCUGCACCUGCCCUGUUUGUGGCAAGACCUUCAAAGAAACAACAUUUCUGUCCAGGCACAUGAGGAGUCACACGGGAGAGAAACCAUUUAGCUGUGUUGACUGCGGUAAAAGCGUCAGUCUCAAGCAACUCACAAAUGUGGAAAUUCUGGACAUUUUUGUCAAUUCUGACAAUGAGUCUGAGUAUGAAACGGAGGAAUCAGAUUCUGACAGUGACUGUAAGGAGCUGCCGCCAAACCUCAUGGGCAUUGAGAACCCUGAAUCUGAGGACCCCUUGACCAUCGACAAAGUCCCAGGUCCCUCUGAAGAUGCUGGUGGUGAUGGAGGCAGACCAACAGUGGGUGAAGUACUGGAGGUCUGUGGUAGCUGGAAGGCCACCAGCCAUUUCACCCCUCCUGGCCUUGCUGUUGGCUUUGAUGAGUCCCAGUCUGGAGUAAAAAGCCCCUUGCCAACUCCCUCUGCAGCAGAGUGCUUCAAGCUGUUUCUGACAGAGAAGCUGGUGGGAGACAUAGUGGAGGAGACUAAUCGCUAUGCCUUGGAGUUACAGGAGAAGAGAGAGCCAGGAGUGAGGGGUAAACUCGCUAAAUGGGUGACAACCACAAUUAGUGAAAUGUAUACCUUCCUAGUGACAGUCCUUCUCAUGGGAAUAGUGAAGAAGAACUCUCUAAGGGAAUACUGGAGCACGGAUCCUAUGUUUGCAACUCCCUUCUUUGCCACUCUCUUUUCCCAAGAUCGCUUCCUAGUCCUGCUGCGAUGCCUGCAUUUCGUCAACAAUGCUACUGCCAACCUAAAUGAUCCCUUACACAAAAUAAGAACUGUUCUUACCAGCCUGACAUCAGCAUUCAGUCAGGUCUUUAUGCCAUACAAGGACUUAUGCAUUGACGAGUACUUGAUGUUAUGGAAGGGUAGGCUGGCAUUCCGUCAAUAUAUUCCCUCCAAAAGGCACAGGUUUGGGGUCAAGUUCUUCUUUUUGUGCGACGUGAAGACAGGAUUUGUCCAGGACAUUCUAGUUUACACAGGGUCCACCACUGACGUCCAACAUUAUGAGGGGCUUGGGGUGUCCGGGUCCGUGGUGAUGACCAUGCUGGCUCCUCAUCUCGGGAGGGGCCACACUUUGUAUGUGGACAAUUGGUACAGCAGUCCAACACUCUUCCAGCAUCUGUUCUCCAACAGCACAGGGGCCUGUGGCACAGUCCAAUCAAACAGGAAGGGGAUGCCGUCAUUUGGAAGCAGGAAGAUGCAGAGGGGGGAGGUGGAGUUCAAGGAGAACGGUCAACAGCUGGCAGUAAAGUGGCAUGACAAACGAGACGUCCAUGUCCUCUCCACUGUCCAUACAGCAACCAUGUCACCCACAGGGAAGGUGGACCACCUGACGGGAGAGAGAAACAUCAAACCAGACUGUGUGCUUGACUAUAACCGCAAAAUGGGGGCAGUGAAUAAGGCAUACAUGAUAAACCGCUUUGUGGCAUGCGCCUGGAAAACCACCAAGUGGUAUAAGAAGAUAUUUUUCCAUCUGAUCGACACUGCUGUCCUCAACGGCCACAUAGUUCACCGCCAGCUAUCAGGUGAGGUGAUUACCUACCAAAAGUACAGAGAGAACCUCAUGAGAGAGCUGCUGGAGGAGCACCACACCCCUCGGCGUCCACCCACUGGGGGCCGUCCUGCUGCAGACAAUCCCUUACGCCUCAAUGCCCGGCAUUUUCCCUCAAAAGUACCUCAAACUGCUGCACAAGGUAGUCGCACACGGAGGCACUGCAAAGUCUGCCUUUCCAGCACCAGGAGGAGGAAGCAGAGGAAGUUGACAAAGUACAUGUGUGUACCUUGUGACAUACCCCUGUGUGUUGCGCCGUGCUUUGGGGAGUACCAUACGCUCAAGCACUAUUGAGCACAUCUGCAGCAAUUACUGACUGACUGAAUUGAAAGGUGACCUGCCAUGAUACAAUGACUUUAGGGGUGGGAUGCAGUUUUUGUUCAACCGCUACGUGAAUAUUGAAUUAUGGGCUAGGCAUGUUUGUAAUGAAAUGACAGUUGUCAUUGUCUUUUCUUUAAUUUUUUUCCUCCCUCCAGUAAAACUGUAAAGAAGUGUAUGUUCAAAGAAUAUGUUGUUAGAAUACAAAAGCUAGCCUCACUCUUCAUGAACAAAGAUGUCAGCAACUCCACUUCCAGUGAUGUUGGCAAAUUACAUUCAAUAUGGUUUGUUUCUGAAAGUAAAGAAUAUAGAUGAAUGAUUAGUAAUUACAGUAGAAUAUCAGGAAUAGCAAUAAAACAACAUUACACUGCU